CAGUCAGGUGCAGACAGUUGACGUGUUCGGUUGACAAAAGCGGAAACGUGCACUAGUUACUUUUUUUCAAAAAAAAAAAGACCAAUACAAAAAAAAAAAAACAGAAAAUAGAAAGCACCAAGUAACAACGACAACAACAACAACUGACACACACAGAGCACCUCGAGAGAGCAGGACAGCCAGCAGGACAGAGAGCGAAGGAGCGGAGACGGAAGCAGCCAUGCCAGCGGCAACUAGAUAAAUGAUAAAUGAUAAAUGCUAAAUGAUAAAAAUGUGAAUAAAAUUGCGACUGGCCAAAUAGAGCAAGACGAAGAACAGCAACAACAGCAAGGAGCGCCGCUGUGUCCGUGCCCGUGUCCGUGUGUGUGUCCGUGUCGUGUCCGUGUGCGUGUGCGAGAGAGCGAGCGACAGCGCGAGUGUGUGUGAGCGAGUGUUUUCUACCGAGAGUGUGCCAGUGUGAGUGCGUGUCACAUAUCAGCAGCAGCAGCAGAAGUUCAGUGGAAAAGCGCGCUGCCAAGCAGAAAAAUUCAAACGUAAACGAAGCCAGCAGUGGCAGCGCAGCAGCACCAGCAGGAGCAGCAGCAGCAGCAGCAGCGACGCCGACAGAAGCUCGCACCCAGACAGAAGCCAGAGACUAGAAGGAAGGUGCAAGGUGAGAGGAGCAAGGAAUCAGGACGCACGACACAGCAGGACACUACCACAUCCCCCAACAUGGGCAGCGGACACUAUUUCUGGGCGAUCCUAUACUUUGCCAGCCUGUGCAGUGCUUCACUAGCAAAUAAUGCCAAAAUAAAUUUCCGAGAAAAGGAGAAAAAAGUCUUAGAUCAAAUUUUAGGUGCAGGCAAAUACGAUGCCCGAAUACGACCAUCCGGAAUCAAUGGCACAGCUAAUUUGGCCACCAUUGUGAAAGUCAACAUGUUCCUGCGCUCCAUUUCCAAAAUCGACGACUACAAAAUGGAGUACAGUGUGCAGUUAACCUUCCGUGAACAGUGGACGGAUGAGCGCCUCAAGUUCGAUGAUAUCCAGGGCCGCCUGAAGUACCUGACCCUGACGGAGGCGAACCGCGUGUGGAUGCCCGAUCUCUUCUUCUCCAACGAGAAGGAGGGACACUUCCACAACAUCAUCAUGCCCAAUGUUUAUAUACGCAUCUUCCCCAACGGCUCCGUGCUAUAUAGUAUACGUAUCUCGCUGACAUUGGCCUGCCCAAUGAAUCUCAAGCUGUAUCCGCUGGACAGGCAGAUCUGUUCGCUAAGGAUGGCGAGCUAUGGCUGGACCACCAACGACUUGGUCUUCCUCUGGAAGGAGGGCGACCCCGUGCAGGUGGUGAAGAACCUCCACCUGCCCCGCUUCACUCUGGAGAAGUUUCUGACUGAUUACUGCAACAGUAAAACCAACACGGGUGAAUACAGUUGCCUCAAAGUCGAUCUACUAUUCAAGCGAGAAUUCUCAUAUUACUUAAUACAAAUUUAUAUACCAUGCUGUAUGUUGGUCAUUGUAUCAUGGGUAUCAUUCUGGCUGGAUCAAGGAGCGGUGCCUGCACGAGUCUCACUGGGUGUGACCACCCUGCUGACCAUGGCCACCCAGACGUCGGGCAUCAACGCCUCCCUGCCGCCCGUGUCCUACACGAAGGCCAUCGACGUGUGGACCGGCGUGUGUUUGACGUUCGUGUUCGGGGCCCUGCUCGAGUUCGCCCUGGUGAACUAUGCAUCCCGUUCAGGUUCGAACAAAGCUAACAUGCAUAAGGAGAAUAUGAAAAAGAAGCGCCGCGAUCUGGAGCAGGCCAGUUUAGACGCCGCUUCAGAUCUGCUAGACACAGAUAGCAAUGCAACGUUCGCAAUGAAACCGCUGGUGCGUCAUCCCGGCGAUCCGCUGGCCCUGGAAAAGCGGCUCCAGUGCGAGGUGCACAUGCAGGCCCCGAAGCGCCCCAACUGCUGCAAGACCUGGCUCUCCAAGUUCCCCACCAGACAAUGUUCUAGAUCGAAGAGGAUCGACGUUAUCUCGCGGAUCACCUUCCCGCUGGUCUUCGCCCUGUUCAACCUGGUCUACUGGAGCACAUAUCUUUUCAGGGAGGAGGAGGAUGAGUAAAUGCCGUUACCUAUUGCCAAGCACCACCAAUUACUUUAUAGAAGGGUUGGCCGGUUGGCUGCUAGCCAAAACCAAUGUACUAACCUAUUUCUUUCACUUCUUUCCACUUCCUUAUCGGUUGACCUCAUUUCAUGCUUUUGUCUUGCGUUGCGUAUGGCUUCAUUUCGAAUUUGGUUGAUUUAUUGAUUGACACGUUGAUUGAAUGAUUUAAACCGCUAAAGGACCUUCUAAGGCGCGUCUCUGAAACCCAGUGGCUAUGUAGAAUCCAACACGAAAUUAACUAAGAAUACCGUUAACAAAGAUCGAGGGAUACGUUACGAUAAUGCUAAAAGCUAUAUGUUUGCUUCUAUGUAUGUCUCCGGACAGUGCAGUAUAGUUAAGAGCGUAUCCUGGCACUUCCACUAACCGAACCGAUGACGAGGAAGCAAUUUUCGGUGAAUAACAAAAGCUAUAGUUAAGUGUAAGUUAAACUGAUCAAGGCGACGACUGCAUAGUAGUUAAUGUUAUAAAUAAUUAUACGAAAACGAAAACACGACACAACACCACACCACACCACACACAUCGACG